AUGACAAAGAAAUUGUGGGGAGAAAUCGAUGAUGAACCUGAAAUUGACACAAGUGUAGCUAGUAUGAAGCCAGCUGAUAUGCUUAUUCCCAAACCUUAUAAACUUAAUAGCACACAUGAUGAUACUCCAGAUCACCCAUUCUUGAGACCACCAACCUCACGGAAGGGCUCCAACUCUAUUCUUCAUGCUAUAGAUUUAUUGAGACACAAUCAAGAGAUUCAGUCCCAGAAGACAAAGCUUCAGAAGAGAAUCAUGAAAACGAAAGGUGAUUGUGAAAUACCAGAACUUCCUCCAGCACCUAAUGAAUUUUGUCAAAAUCUACCAGAUGCUUCAAAUUUGACCAAGUCAACAGUUAUAAAAUUAACUGAGGUACCCUCAAUAUCGGAGGAAACAGCAAAUGUAUUACUCAAAAAAUCAGCUGCAUCUAUUUUGUGUCAUGUUGGUUUCACGUCUGCGGAUUCAGACGCUCUCGAUACACUCUCUGAGAAUCUUGGUGGUUAUCUUCAGAAAUUUUCUCGUGAGCUCCGUAAUCAACAAGACAACUACAUAAUGGGUCACAAGACUUCUCGCACAGAUGUGUUUGAGGCUACUUUAUAUGAGCAUAAAAUCAGGGGCUACGAAGAAUUCAUUAGUUUUGCAAAGACUUGUGUCAUAGAUUACACCUUGAAGUUAGACGAUAGGAGAAAAACUAUUGAAGCUGAGUAUGCCAUACUUUCUAAAACUCCUUAUCAUUCAGCAAGAUCAAUACCGGUUCAUUUUCCUAAUGUUAAUACGGUUGAUCUUCUAAAAGGUGACUUUGAGCCAGAACCUUCAUCUCCUAAUAUUGUUACAGAUCAUGAGACUGAAGGGAUUUCCAGAGAUGUUUUCAUGCACGAGCCUAACGGAAUAUUUUACCACUAG